CCUUCCAGCGUGUACGCAGUAUUCGCUCGGCUAGCAGCUGCUGAAACAAUCUCAGGUUUGCAGAGGCUAGGACACAUAUGCGGUGGAGUACCGCACCUUUCGCUCGGCUACAGGGGAGAUAAGUUAUAGGCUACACUUAGUCACACUCGAACUAACAGUAGUAGCAGAAAAGAUAAUGGAGGCGAAAAGACCCGAGCAAAAUAACUUUUCUGUGAAAGGCACCGCAGAUAUGUCGUGCUCUUGCGUGGAUCCGGUUGUGCGCCGCGGUUGCGCUUACAGCGCUGGGCAGCUCUCCGGCGGGAGAGGCGUAUGCAGCGGCUCCUCCCAGGUUCUCCUGGAAUAUAAAAGCGCCACUCAACAUCUGGCAUCGUCCGGAGUUAAGGUCUCCACUAUAUCCAAAGCGGGCAUGGGUAUUUUAAAAAUGGCCACGUCGCACUGGAGACUACAGGAAAAGAAGGCACGGGUGGUGCGGUCCUCAAGCGCCGGGAAUCGCCACUCUUCGUCCGACCGGUUCCCCUGCAAAAGGUCUCCCCUUGAUCAGCUCGCGGCUCUGGUACUUCACGGCCAGACGUGCUCCAGCCAUAUGGCACAGGAGACCGGCCAGGAUAAGUUGUGCUCCACCAAACCGCAGAACUGCAGGCGCAUAGUGGUGCUGGGCGCUCCGAAAGUGGGGAAGACAUCCAUCCUUCGGCGGUUCCUGCGGGACGGGUUUGAGGAGCAGUAUCAGCCAACUUCUGAGGACUUCCACAGGAAACUCUACCAGAUUCGGGGGGAGACCUACCAGAUAGACAUCCUGGAUGCGUCCGGGGAACGAGCUUUCCCUGCCAAACGCAGACUAUCGAUCUUAACAGGCGACAUUUUUCUCCUGGUUUUCAGCGUGGAUGACAGAGGCUCUUUCGACGAAGUGCGCGCGCUGCGCAAAGAGAUCAUCGCGGCCAAAAGUAAACUCCUGAAAUCCAAAGAGAACGCCCGCGUGCCCACCGUAAUCUGCGCGAACAAAGUGGACUUGGCACCGGAGGAGAGAGCCGUCAGUCGGGCGGAGGUUCGUCAAGAGUUCGGGGAAGAAUGUCCUUUUUUCGAGACCUCCGCCAAAGACAGCAUCAAUCUGGAAGAGGUUUUCGAAGCCCUGGCGAAGCGAGGUGGACUGCCGACGGAGACCGGGCCAUCCCAGCACCGCAAGAUCUCCAUCCGCUCGUACCAAGCGUUGCGCUCCGAUCGGACUGCAAAUAGAGGAGUCACCCACGAGAUUCCCUGCGGCGCGUUGUACCCGCUGGCUCGUCGGCCUAGCUUCAGUACAGAUCUCCGCAAAGUACUCGGUCCCAGCACUUCGCGGAAAGGGGGGAAAUCUCUUGAGAAAUGUCAGAUUCAAUGAUAGGAGUAUACUUUAUUCUUAAUAAUCCGUGUAUAGUCUGUAAAAGCAAAACGAAUGUUGAUAUGUUUAUUUCCACAGCGUUUAGCCUUGAGAUAGCAGAAUUUCGCACGGAUUAAUCAAGCAUCGUUUGACAUUAAAAGGUGAAGAAAGAAUUAAAUAAAAAAUGCAAAAUAUUUAUGUCAAGGCUGCUGGCUGGACCAGUGCAUUGUAAAUAGCCUUCAAUGUAAAUAGGCUACUGAUCGA